AACCCUUUACUUACAUACAUACAUAUCCACCUACUCAACUUUGGCAUGGACAAGAAGAAGGUUGUUGCAGCUUUAUCGUCAUCGUCAUCGUCAUCUUCUUCUUCUUUCGAUCAUAUAUUUGGUCCAAGAGUCUCUUCUUCAUCUUCUUCAGCAACCACUGGAUUGUUCACAACCAUCUUCCCACGACCCUCUGCGGGGAUGUUGGGGAGGCAAACGGACUUUGCAAGUCAAGGUGGACAUGUGAAGUAUCAAUCUGCAAAUGAACGAGGAAAAAGCAACAUAAAGGAGAAAAACAGUUACCAUAAUGAGGAAACAGAACCACCAUGCAACUUGAGCUCUUCAAUUUACUAUGGAGGCCAAGAGAAAUACUCCUCUACAACGAAUACUAAUAAAGAUACUUACAAGAAAGAUGCACAGGAAGGCGAUUCCAAAAGCGCAUCAAGAGGAAACUGGUGGGAAGGGUCGCUUUAUUACUAACAUGCACUGCAUGUCACGCAAUCUUGAUUUUGAGCAACUGCUAAGGGAAUAAGAGACAUAUAAAUGCCCUUACUAAAUUAAAGAGUGUAGUAUAUUGCAUAAACAAAGUAUGACUUGUUCUUGAGAUGUUGAUUUGUUGUUUACGUAAAACGCAACGCUAAUUAAAGACAAGCCUCUUUCUGAUGAUUUUAAAGUUUGUCUAAUAUUGUCUAUGUGAAAUGAUGCUUUAUGAAUACUUGUAAUCGUACUUUGUAUUUUACAUAAUAAUAAAGCACAUUUGUUACUGGUAUCAAAAAGAAUAAGCUCAUUAGAGCAAUUUUGACGGUGCAAAUCUUAGAGCAUGAUUAUUAGAGCAGCUGCAACGGGAGAUCGUUGAUGGUCCUUAGCGCAUAAUCAUAUGCUUUUGGGAUUAUAAUAAUAUUAUUUGAGCUAAAUAAGCUAAGGAUUAAUCCUUACAUACGGAUUUAAAGGUGUUGAUCCUUAGAAACGUGGCAGCGGGUGAUUCGUUGGUCGGCUUUCGUCUUUCGUAUACCAAAAAAAAAAAUCAUUUUCGACCGAAGCGGAGAAAAAAAAAAGCUCUCGAGGAAAGGCGAAUUGGAAUCGUCCCGCUACGAAGAUGACGAAUCCACAUGAACCUCAUUUCUUAAAGCCUCUGCUUCCUGGUUUCCACAGUGGCAUCCACAUAGAAAGGAAGACGAACCAGAAAACAUGGAAACUAAGAUCGGACGCUUCAGAUAAAAUUUGGGAAGUGAUACAAGAAGGCAUGAGACUCACCGGAGGUUGGAAAGAUUUCGCCACAGCACAUGACCUUCGAAUCGGUGACAUUGUCAUCUUCAAACACGAAGGAGACAUCGUGUUUCAUGUCACUCCUUUUGGUCCUAGCUGUUGUGAGAUUCAGUAUACAGAUCCUGACAUCAACAAGGAAGAAGCCGACGCGGGUGAUGCUGAUGACAAUGAGAUUACUCACAUUGCUUCUAGCUCACGGAUGAUUUAGGAGUGAUUGUGACCGGAAAUAGAUAUCUCUUUUGCUGUGUUUCCUCUCUAUCAAACUUGUUUCCUCUCUUGCUAGUUAUCUCUUUCGGUUUGUUUCGUCUCUAUCAGAACUUGUUUCCUUUUCUUUCCUUUUGGUACUACUGUAAAAUCUUGUUGCUACAACUCGAAGUUGCCACAAGUGUAAUCUUGUUUCUUAUCUUAUAUGCUUCUCUUAUGUUA